UUACUGGAUUACUGGAUCUCUGAACGGAGGGAGGCAGACACUGAGGCGCUCUGCGCAUUAGACGCUGCGUCUUGGUGCAAGGUGCAUCACUUCCCUCCAGGGACCCUGCACAGGCGGACCGCAAUUGUUGCUUCACCUGGGAAUUUCAAGGCAAACAUCUGUAAGAAAUGUAGGUACAUCGAUUCCCACGGAAUGCUGCUUAGCUUGACUGAAAUAACUGCGUACCCAAUACCCAGAUAAGGACCUGUUUCUAAACUAGCAGAAGGAUAAGUUGCCGAAGGAGUAAUUAUAAGAACAGAAAACUCAAAAAACAAACGAAAACCUUCUUUGAGGAAGAAACUCAAACUGGAAGUUCUGUUUGCCCUUGGGAGGAUCACGAGAGAGGAAGCAAAUCAUGCAGGGGUGUGAGGUUACUAACCGGCUCCGCUACUGGCUGACUCUGGCUACGGGGGUGGUGGAGUGUCUGUGCUUUGCUGGCGUGGUGUUUGGCUAUGCCUCCCUGGUGUUUGUGUUGAAGGACAUCGGGUACUUCAGUGAUCUGUGUGCCAGCGACCCAAACAGCUACAGCAGCCAGAAUGGUACAGGUCAGGUCUCAGGUUGCAGGAGACAGGAUGAGCAGUUCUCUCUGGUCUUCACAAUAGCCUCAUUCCUGAACAACUUCCUGAAUAUUGUCAAUGGCUACCUGUUUGAUCGCUUUGGCACCAUGGUGACCAGACUGCUGGGAAUAUGUUUAUACACCACUGGAACCAUUCUCGUGACCUUCUCCGGUGCAUCACUUUCACAGCUGCUCUUUCCAGCCCUGUCCUGCAUCGCUGUGGGGGGGAUUGUGUUCCUUCUAACUAACAUGCAGGUGGGCAACCUGUUUCCUGCUCAUCGUUCCACCAUCAUCACCCUCUACAAUGGCGCCUAUGACUCCUCUGCAGCUGUGUUUCUUAUUAUUAAGGUUCUGUAUGAACAGGGAAUCUCUCUCCAGACCUCCUUCCUCAUCUUAUCCCUUUGCAGCAUCAUACAUUUGGUCAGGACUUUCCUGUUGAUGCCAAGGACCCACAUCCCCUACACCCUGCCUCCGUGCUACACCUAUGGAGUGAGUUGUGGACAAACUGGCUCUUCCAACGCUGAGCAGACAAGGGACAGUACAACUGAGGAAGACAACACAACACCUGAGCCCCAGGACACAGUGGCAAGUUUCCGGAGCUGUGUCUCGUCCUGGUUCUUCCUGUGGCAUCUGUUGUGGCUGUCCAUAAUGCAGCUGAGACACUACCUCUUCAUCGGCACGCUCAACCCCAUGCUCAACCGUCUGGCCAACGAUGAGCCCAGCCUGGUGAGUCAGUACACCAAUGCUUUUGCCAUGACGCAGCUGUUUGGAGUGCUGUGCGCUCCCUGGAAUGGACUCAUCCUGGACCGACACAAGGGAAAACCUCUGGCUCCUGGGGAAACCGAGCAGGAGGCCGACCUGCGCUCCUGCUCCCUGUCUCUGUUCCUGACCGCGCUGCAGUGCCUGCUCUUCUCUGUGUGCACCUCCAUCCCUGUCCUCCCACUGCAGUAUCUCACCUUUGUCCUACAAGUCAUCAACCGCUCCUUCCUCUACGGGGGAAACGCAGCCUUCAUUAGCAUCGCUUUUCCAGCCAGACACUUUGGGAAGAUGUACGGCCUGGUGUUGUCCCUGUCAGCCGUCUUUUCCCUGCUGCAGUACCCCUGCUUCACCCUGGUCAAAGGAGUUCUGGGCGGAGACCCCUUUUAUGUGGACGUUGCACUCACUCUCCUCACUCUGCUGGCGUUCAUCCAUCCCGCUUACGUCUUCGCUCACUGUAGAAAACAAGCUCGUUCCCGGGAGAAAAAGGCCAAGACUGAAUCUGCAGUUGAAACCAAACUGUAGAUGGAAGUUCAAACAAGUCUUUUAGUGUUUUGCAUUUCUACUUUUAUAAUCUUGUUGACUCUUUAUGAUUGUUUUUUCACUGGAAAAUAAACAUGACCAUAUUUUUAA